ACCCCAACCCCCCAUCCCCACACGCGAUCGCUCGCUCCCGGAUCCCCCCCGCCGCCGCGCGCACUCUCUCCGCUCCGGCGGUUCUCCGAGCCCACUUGAGUUUGAUGCCAUAGGAAGCCCCCGCUGAGCUUGACGGCUAGAGAUGAAUUUCCUCUACCGAACUUCGCAGCCUGUGGUUCCUGAGCUGCCGCGGAUUCCUGAGCAAGACCACUACAAGGAUGGCCUACAAAGACCAGUCACAACUCUGGAGGGUCUUAUUGCCGACGAUCCAUAUCAGCCCUCUGCGUCAAUUGAAGAUGGAGACGCCAAUAAUGGAGCUGUAGAUACCGGUGGGGACUCUUCGGAUGUAGAUUCGAAAAAUCCAGCUCCUGCAGGAAAGCAUACCGAUAUUUCGGAUGACGAAGGAUGGAUCACAAUUCCAAACAAGAAGCUUCCUGAUGACUGGAAUGGCCUUUCAGACAUGUUGCAGUUACAGCCUCUGGAUCGCUCCUUCCUUUUUCCUGGUGAGCAGGUUCAUAUAUUGGCGUGCUUGUCAGCUUCUAAGCAAGAUGCACAGGUUAUAUCUCCAUUUAGAAUUGCUGCCGUGAUGUCUAGGAAUGGAAAUAAAUCUAGUCAUGUCACUGAAAAUGGUGAUGCUGAUGGAAAAAAUGGAGAGAACGGUUCUCAGGUUGUUGAGGAUGACAUGCAGAGUGUUGAACUCAAUGGCGAAAUGUCUCCUUCAAAACAAGAUAUUUUGGAAAUGUCUCCUUCAAAACAAGAUAUUUUGGAAACCGAAUCUUUCCUUCGUUUGGAAGACCACAAGCAACAAAUUGAAAGUAUGCUGCAAAGAUUCAAAAUGUCCAAUUUUUUUGUUCGAAUUGCAGAGUCAGAUGAAGCUCUCUGGUCCAAGAAAAGACUAGCUGUAUCAAAGGUGCCAGAAGAACAGUCAUAUUCAGAUGGCCUGGAAAAUAAUAAGGCUUCAAGGAGUAAUGCUUACAAUACCAUUUCUGAUAAAGGAGUUUUUGAUGGUAGCACAUCUGGAGGAGUUGCUCGUGGUGCAGCAAGGUGCUAUGCUCUGCAAAAUGGAGAUAUCGUGGUUGUUUUGCAAGUGAAUGUUGGUGUUAACAAAAUGGAAGAUCCUAUGCUUGAAGUUCUUCAAUUUGAGAAAUCUUCAUCUAACAAUUACGUAACUGAGAAUAUGAUCAAUGGAGUUUCUAGUGGUGAUGAUGAUCCAUGUCAGGAGCUGCUAAGCUGGCUGCUACCUUUGGAUCGGACACUACCUCCUCCUCGUUCCUUAUCACCUCCUACUCUCAAUCCUAGUGCAUCACACAAGCAAUCUUAUUCUUCUUCUGGUUCUCAAAUUUUUUCAUUAAAUCAUUUCAGAAGCUAUUCCAUGCCUUCAGCCUCCUCCAAUCAACUACCCAACAUAAGGCCGCCACCAAUUUCUGAAACUCAAGAAUUUGUGCCUGAAAAGCCUGCAAAAACACCUGAUAUUAUAAAUGAUGGACAGCUUUCCUUCAGAGGAGUUCCAUUGGAGCCUGAACGAUAUUCUGUACGUUGUGGUCUAGAAGGUGUAUAUCUACCAGGGAAAAGAUGGCAGAGAAAAGUUGAGAUCAUUCAACCAAUUGAGGUUCAUUCUUUUUCCGCAAAAUGUACUGCAGAGAAUCUUCUCUGUGUUCUAAUCAAGAAUAUUGCUCCACAGCAUGUGAAAGACAUAGUUGUAUUCGUAGAUGCGAUUACAAUUGUCUUUGAGGAAGCAUCCAAAGGAGGUGCUCCUUUGUCACUACCAAUUGCCAGUAUUGAGGUUGGGCAUGGCCACAGCUUACCAAAUCUUGCACUCAGGAGAGGCGAGGAGCACUCUUUUAUUCUUAAGCCAGCAACUAUGUCAUCCAAGGACCGCAGGUUCAACAGUGAUGCACCUUUGACUUUGUCACUCCCUAAGAUGAAUGGAGUUGCCACAAAUGUUUCUGUGCCUAAGGUUGGCGAUACCAGCGUCUCUCUCGCGGAUCAAUAUGCUGUACUUGUAUCAUAUCGCUGCAAUUACACAGAAUCAAAACUUUUCUUCAAGCAGGCCACAAGCUGGCGACCUUGUGUAGCCAGUGACCUUAUGAUCUCUGUAUCAUCAGAACUGUCUUUACGGAAUCCUAUUUCUAGUGCUCGAGUUCCUCAACUCCCAGUGCAGGUCUUAACCCUCGAGGCUACUAAUAUGACUUCAGAAAACCUUACGGUAACAGUUCUUGCUCCAGAAGCGUCUGGUUCUUCUUCAGUUGUAUCCUUGAACUCAGCUCCAACCACGCCAAAUAGUUCCUAUGAUAAUCUUAACGAGUCUGGUAGAAGAUCUGGCUUGGGUAAACAUCGAGCUGGUUUUCGUAGAUUGAAUUCGGUCCUUGCUGGCUCUCCAAAAGAAAUUGACAAUGGAGGAAAUAGAAUAAGCACUUCUGGAGGCUGUACUCAUCUGUGGUUGCAGAGUGCAGUUCCUUUAGGGUGUAUUCCUGCACGUUCAAGCACCACGGUCAAGCUUGAGCUACUUCCGCUAACAGAUGGGAUCAUUACACUGGAUACACUUCAAAUAACUAUAAGGGAGAAAGGUCUUACAUACAUACCGGAGCAUUCCUUGGAGAUAUAUGCGUCAUCUGCGAGUUUAACAGGAAGUUCAUAGUCAUGUGAGAGUAGCAAACAGUGCAAUUACUAUCUUGGCGAAUUCGGGUCUGGGGCUCAACCUCUGCGAAGAGUGUGAGGCCACUGGGCCAAGUGUAUUGUUGCUCAUUUGUAUAGGAUUUUUGGCAUAGAGGCUCCUACGGGCUACGGCGGGAUCUCUAAGCAAGAUAAAGCUAUUUCUUAUACGUGGGGGAUUUUGCUGCCGUAAGUGGAGAAAUGAGCACAAUGCUUUGUCUAUAGACUAAAGUUGGGUUUUCCAAUCCAUUCAUACACGGGGUUGCUGAGCUACUAGUGUUGUCUAUACAGGCCUAUCGAAAAUCUGUAAUGUUGUGUUGCUUAGUUCAGAUUCCAUUUUUUGUGGUGUU